AUGAGCGUAAAAGAUGGACAACCCAAGAAGUGGGGACAGAUCUACUUAGAGAAGCUGCUAAAUGGGGAUGAUGAGCCAACUCUGGAAUCCUGGAUUACACUUGAAACAGCAUUCUUGCACUACUGGAGCAAUCCAGCAGCAGCGCAAAUCGCAGAACAACGCCUGCGCGAGCUCAAGCAGCUGAAAUCAGCAAGCAAUUAUGCCACAGAGUUUAGGAUUAUAGCAAACAAACUAGAAUGGACUAAGGCAGAAGUCAGAAGCAAGCUAAUCAAGUACACCUGGCAAAAGAACAUCACUGCAUUGGACAAGCUUAUCUAUACCGCCUGUCUAGUUGAUGACACACUGUUUGAAGCGCGCAAGGAGCCAAGAAAAGACAGCAACAGCAGCAACAGCUCACCACAACGCCCUGCUCAUGGGCGCUUAAGCGAUUAUGUCUCCAAGAAGGUUCAGGAAGCAAGAAGAAACGCUGGAGAAUGCUCCAAGUGUGGGGAGAAAUCUCACAAAUGGGAGGACUGCAAGAAUGCAUGGUGCCCCAAAACAAUAGAACGUUAUAAGCCUGAAUCAGGAAAGGCUGUAGAAAUGGAAGGGCUAGAAUCGCUUCCCCAAGCAGGAAAAGUCUGA